AGCAAUUUCGUAGUUGACCAAGACUUGGGAGUUAUGGAGAAAUGAGAUAAGCAACCUAAAGUUGCAGCUUCAGCUUCACAAUAUUCUUGUCUGAAUAAUAAAAAGAAAAAAGGUUCAUAGUUGAUAUCUCCAGCGGAACGAUGAAGUUUGAAGAUUUGGCAGAAGGAUGCAUGGCAAAAAUACUGUCCUACACCACUCCUGCGGAUGUAUGCAGGCUUUCUCUGGUUUCCAAAGCCUUUCAUUCCGCGGCUGAAGCCAACACUGUGUGGGAUUGCUUUCUCCCCUCUGAUUUGUCCUCUAUCAUCUCCCUUUCUUCUUCCGUUCCUCCCUUUCACUCUAUUAAGGAUCUCUAUCUCUAUCUCUCCGAUCGUCCCACCAUCAUCGAUCAAGGUACAAAGAGUUUUCAAUUGGAGAAGCGGACUGGGAACAAGUGUUACAUGCUUUCCGCUAGAGAUCUGAGCAUUAUAUGGGGUGACACUACUCAUUAUUGGGAGUGGACAACCCUACCAGAGUCCAGGUUCGAAGAAGUUGCUAGGCUUCGAGCUGUGUGUUGGUUUGACAUUACUGGGAGGAUGAACACCCGCGUUUUGUCGCCAAAUACUAAUUAUGCAGCUUUUCUUGUGUUCAAGAUGAUCGAUGCCGGUGGAUUUCACUACGAUCCUGCGGUGUUAUCAGUAGGUAUUUUGGGAGGCAAUAGCAGUACCAAAAAUGUUUGUUUGGAUCCCAACUUAGUAGAUAAUCGACUUGAUGAUAGAUUCCAUGGACUCCAACGUCCAACUGUGAGGAGCGAUGGGUGGCUGGAGAUUGAGAUGGGUGAGUUCUUCAAUCCAGGCCUAGAAGAAGAUGAGUUGCAGAUUAAAGUCUCGGAGACAACAAGUAAUUGGUGGAAGCGCGGUUUCAUUCUUGAAGGAAUAGAAGUUAGGCCUAAACAUGUUCUAAGCUUCCCUUCUCAACGAAUCAUCCUCCUCCUCUCACUGCCCUUAUAUACCGUCACACCCCUCCUCCUUCCCUUCAACACACCACAAACUGUUACAAUGACACAAAGCGUUGUCGUAGACUUCAACAAUCUCCCCGAAGGUUGCAUAGCAAACAUUCUCUCCUUCACAUCUCCUAGGGACGUGUGUAGACUCUCUUUGCUUUCAUCCACUUUCAGAUCCGCCGCUCAAUCCGACGCUGUCUGGAACAAGUUUUUGCCUUCAGAUUUCCACACCAUACUUUCCCAAUCUUCCUCUUUAUCUCUUCCUUCUAAGAAGGACCUCUUUCUCUAUCUCUGCCAAAAACCGCUCCUCAUAGACGAUGGUAAAAAGAGCUUUCAACUGGAUAAAGUAUACGGUAAGAAAUGCUACAUGUUAUCAGCGAGGAAUCUCUUCAUUGUAUGGGGAGACACUCCCAGGUAUUGGCGCUGGACUUCGCUUCCAGAUGCCAGGUUUUCUGAGGUAGCUGAGUUAAGGAGUGUGUGCUGGUUGGAAAUCCGGGGCUGGAUCAACACGGGGAUGCUGUCCCCGGAGACAUUGUAUGGGGCGUACCUUGUGUUCAAGCCAAACCCUUCUGGAUUCUACGGCUUCGAUUACCAGUUAGUGGAAGUGUCCAUCGGAAUCGCUGGCGGCGAGAAUCGCAAGCGAACCGUUUUCUUGGACGCCGAAAGAGGACGGAGGCUAAGGUACCAGAUUGUUCCUCGCCGUGCCGGGACUGGGAUAUUCAACCGUGCACGUUUCCUUGCCCCUGUUGAGGCACCCCCUGUAGAAGAUAACGAUAGUCUCGAUCUUCAGCACCCAAAGGAGAGAGCAGAUGAAUGGUUGGAGGUGGAAUUGGGAGAGUUCUUCAACGAUGGACAAGAGGACAAGGAAUUGGAAAUGGGUGUUUAUGAGAUCAAGAGUGGUGAUUGGAAGGGUGGCCUUCUUGUUCAAGGAAUCGAAAUAAGGCCUAAAAGGACGCCCAUAAAUUAAAGCAAAGGAAAAUGCUUCUUGUCACGUUUUUUUUUUCUUUUUUUUUCCAUGUGUCUUCUCCUUCAGUGAUAAUAUUUUCGAAGUAUUGUAGGCACUAAAUGGGGACACCUCUUUCAGAUUCUUGUCAAGUAUUUAGUUAGUUAAUUAAAUCUCUUUGUUUUGCUUAGCGUACCGCAAUUUUGUUCUUCAAUGGUUGUUCAAUUUUUGAAGCUUCCCUGAGCAAACUAAAUUGUUGCCAUGCUACUGAAUAAUGUGUUAUUUGGACCCGACUCAGUGAUUAACUUGUCAGUUUAUGUCCUCCUUCCGGUAUGGACGCAUGUCCUGAUGAUACGCAUGAAGAUAUGUAUGCUGGACCACUUAUUAUCUAUUUGUUAAUGCAAACAUUUUAUAUUUCA